GUUUUUUGAAGACAUUAAAAUUAUUUUUAUAUUAUAUAUAAUCAAUCAAUUUAUUUUUAAAAAAUGGGAAACGAUGGAGGAAGUAUUCCGCGUCGCAGCGAACUUGUGCGCGAAAAGAAAAAGGACGAAAAAGCUGACCGGAAGAACCAACUCCAAGCAAUGACCACCAACUGCUCGCUCUCCAAGCGCCCCCUCCGACAACCCAUUGUAUCUGACGCCCUCGGCCGUCUCUACAACCGUGAAUCUGUCCUUGAAUACCUCCUAGACAACCGCGCCUUCGGUGACGGCUCUCAAAUCUGCGCCCACAUCAAGGGCCUUAAGGACAUUAAAACCCUGCAACUUAAGGACAACCCCUCAUUAAGCAAGCAUGGUUCGAGGGAUUCUACCAGCCUUGUGUCGGGUCCUGAGGAGACGGAGGAGGCGCGGUUCGUGUGUCCGGUGACGAUGAAGGAGAUGAAUGGCAAUUUGCCUUUCGAAUUCGCAUGGUCCUGUGGAUGUGUCUUUUCGGCGAUGGCACGGAGGGAAAUGGGGAAAGCCAGCGGUAACGUCAAUGGCAAUGGCAAUGGCAGCGGCAGCGGGGGCUUGGGUGCUAUGGCGGAGUGCGUAGUGUGCGGUCAGCCUGUUUUGUCCGACGACAUUAUUCCAAUUAAUUCUCAAGACGCGCAAGUAUUGGACACGCUACGCUCGCGGAUGGCAGAGCGGCGCAGGAGGGAAGAUGAUGAGAGGAAGAGUAAGAAGGCCGCGAAGAAGACCAAAACAAAGCCCAAGGGAAAGCGCGGCCGCGAGGAGGCGGGGCAGGAGAAGGAGGAGGGUGAGGAGGAGGACAAUGGUGGGUGUGGGCCUGAAAGAAAGCACGCGAAAAAAUAAACAAGUUUUUAUUUUGAGGCCUGAUGAUAGCAACACGAGAGAUAAAGCCUUGAAACAUACAGUUUAGCUGGACUGGGGAACCAAAGUAAACUAUACAAUGCUUUCUUUUUUCCUUUCGUUAAUUUAU